GACAGUGAGGAAUUAGUUUUCUAUCGUGCAACAACUCCGCUUUUCAGAGUGCCUUUAAAACGGAUUUUUCCUCUCUUAUUGGAAAAGCGGUGUUUUAAGUUCGGGAAAUUUCUAUGAGAAACAAUUUGUUGAGGUAGAGUGAUGUCUUUUGAUCAUUUUAAAGUGAAAUCCAUUUUGUUAAUUCAGUGAUAGUAAAUUUGCAGAAUGGUAUGAUAUUGAAGGGAUACCAAUUGUCGCAGGAAAGGACAAUUUUUUCAUAAGAAAGGAAUAAUUUAAAUAACCAUAUCACGUAUCGAAUGGAUAAUGGGCAUUUGUUUGGACACAGAAGCAAAUUCUGCUGCACAGGAUGCCGAAGAUCCAGGUUCAGAUUGGAAGGGUGGAGGCAGAAGAAGAUCAACUAUCCUCCAUACACCACUCAGUGGGAAUUUUCCCAUGCAGAAUGCUGGAAAAGUAAAAUUCGAUCCUCCAAAAGUGCCUGUAAUAUUUGUCUUAGGUGGUCCAGGUAGUGGCAAAGUAACUCAUUGUGAUACACUAAUGCAGGAAAAACGAGGUGUUGUGCAUAUCAACAUGAUGGAUUUGCUUCAACAAUAUGCAAUUGGCAAUGAUAUGCAAGAUUUCUCCCAGCUCUCGUCCAAAACAGUCACAGAAGUUCUAAUGCUGGAGAUGAAAAUGGCACCGGCUGCUAAAGCUUAUCUUGUAUCAGGAUUCCCUCGAUCAAUGAGGGAUGUUGUUGAGUAUACAGAAAAGAUUCAAGUGGUCAAUGGAGUAGUAUUAAUUUCCUGGAGACAAGCUGUAUUGCAAAAACAAAUAGAUUAUGGUGCAAAGUUGGGUCAUGUUGUGCUGUCCCUGGCCAAAAUGGAGUUGGAGAAUUUUUUCAAGAAUGUUAUGCCAGUGGCAGAUUAUUUUGACCAGAGUGAUUUAUUGUUGGCGGUGAAUGGUGAGAGAUCCCCAUCGGAGGUCUAUAAAGAUUUCCGUGAAGCUGUAUUGGAAAUUUUGGGUGCUCAAGAGAAUCAGGAGGCCCUCCUAAAUGGGAUUGCAGGUAUGGGACGUGGCUCCAAUGAAAUUCCUGGCAGUAUAGUUAGUGUAGAAACUGCUCCUGGUCACAGUAAGGUCGUUACAGUAGAUGAUACCACGUACGAACCUGAAGCUGACCAGCAUCGGUAUGAUGAGAGUGCCAUUAAGAAAUUAGACAUCAUACCACCAGUUAUAUUCAUUAUUGGUGGUCCGGGAAGCAAUAAGGCAUCACUGUGUGUCAAGGCGAUUGGAAUUAAUCCUGGAUGGGGUCAUAUAAGUGUUGGUCGUCUUUUCCGAUCAUUGGCUGAAUCAGAAGCCAAGCCAAAUACAGAGGCAUUCCUGGUGAAGGAGGCAAUAGCAGCUGGUGAACUAGUGUCUAAUAAUGUCAUUGAGAGACUCCUACAAGAUAACUUUGUCAAGAUGAGGGACAAGAAGGGAAUUCUCGUGGAUGGGUAUCCGAGAGAUCUUGAGCAAUUGAAUACCUUUGAGGAAAAGUUCAAGCAAAAUCCUCAGAUUAUCCUUCUUGAUUGUUCAAAGUUGCAAUUGGGCCGGGGACGUCUCGAUGAUACAGUAAGUUCAUUUAGACGUCGUCUGGAAUUAUUCCGGGAGAAGACACUGCCAAUGCUUAAGCAAAUAGAUAGUACAGGUCGUCUGACGAUUGUGGAUGGUGAUACAGAUAGUCCAUCAGUUGCACGUGAAUUCGAAAGGGUUAUAAGGCAACUGAUUCAGAAUAUCGAUGAUAAAGGUCGUCAGGGAAAUCAAGAGAAAUACGGUGGCACAACAACGACUACAGGACAAUUGUAUGGACCCAGUCGGAGGAGUCAAGCUCACAAUAAUCCAGAAAUGGAGGAUUAUAACUCAGCACCAGGUGUUGUGCCCACAAUUAGUGGCCAAAUGGAUAAUCAACGCAUGCACGAAGAUAUUUCGCGGCCCCUAAAUGGGCACAUACCAAAUGGGAAGCCCAAUUUGAGGGCGAUGCUGCGUGAUGCAAAUGAUUAUCCUCUAGACUCACACAUUUAGAAUUAAUGUCAAACAUUUAGGCUAGGAAUUUACCAGAGACUGUACACUGUGUAUUCAAAAUAGUUAUAAAG